AUGAUGAAGACCCCAGCUCAAUUUAAUGCUCAUGAGUUGAAGGGUGCAACCAAGGGUCUUGGGACAGAUAAGGACUGUUUAAUAGGAAAUCUGGUAUUAAGGAGUAAUCGGGAGAUCCGAGAAAUUAACAAAGUUUACAAAGUAGAAUUCAAGAAGGAUCUAGCAAAAUAUGUUGCAUCAGACACCUCUGAAGACUUCCAAAAGGCUCUUCUUGCACUCAUAAAGAGCGAAGGCAGUGAAGCAACUACGGUUAAUGACGAGCAAGCCGACAAUGAUGCAAGGGCUUUGCAUGAAGCUGGAGAGAAGAGAAAAGGAACAGAUGUCUCAACGUUCAUUAAUAUUCUACCCUACCACAUUAGGAGCUUACCACAUCUUCGAGAAGUAUUCCGAACAUAUUCACAAUACAGCAAGAAUGACAUAAACAAAGCUAUUGAUCUGUAGUUGAAAGGAGAUAUCUAAAACUGUCUCAUGUCUAUUUCUAAAUGUGUUGGGAGUAUACCUGCUUAUUUUGCUGAAAAAUUCUACCUCGCAGUGAAGGGAUCUAGAACAAGAUACAAGGCCUUAAUUAGGCUCCUUGUUUCUCGAUCCGAAAUCGGCCUAAAGGAAAUUAAAGUGCAUUAUGGUCGUCUCUACGGAAAAUCUCUGCGUCAGGCUAUUUUGGAUGAAAAAGUAAAAGGAGACUAUGAAACCAUUCUGCUGGCAUUGUGUGGAUCAGAUAACUAA